AUGGCACGUUCACGCGAGAAGUCGGAAUUUGGUCCUGAGAGAGGCAUCUGUCACGGUUAUGUGAGCCUAAAUCUGAUUCAUUAUAAUACAGGAAGUUUCAAGAUCAGCAUGGCAGAAGCCCCUGUUGGUGAGGACACACCCAAAGAGCAGGAGAGUGCCACCCCACCUACCUUUGACCAUCUGCUGGGGCUUGGUGCUGCUCUGUGGUGGAGAAUACUGAAAGCAAGUGUUACAGCUGGAGCUUUCCUCCUGCUAUACACAGUGUCUCAACUCACUGGUUUGUGGGUCCUUUACAUGCUGAAUGGAUACAGGGCUUUUCCAGCAGCACACAAAGUUUUGGAUCUCCUUCAGUACCUUCUCACCACCAAUGAUGCCUCUGAUCAGCAGGAUGAGAUUUGGAGGGUGGAGAGUUUGUUGCCUCUCAUAGCCACGCUCUUCUUAGGCGUAGUCAUCCUUGGCACUGGAACGCUGUUCUGCAUUAAAACCCUGGUGCCUGGCAACCCCUCUUGUUUCCCUGAAGACCGGCGUCAGUCCAUGAGCAGGCAACCCUCCUUUACAUAUUCAGAAUGGACAGAUGCUAAACAGGAGGAUUUCUAUGAGUUGGAUGCUGUUCCUGAGACACCCGUGUUUGACUGCUUUAUGGACAUGAAGACUGAGUCUGACCUGGCUUCCCUCACGGUCAAGCCUGUGGGCUUGCAGGAAAGGAGAGGUUCAAAUGUGUCGCUGACUCUGGGCAUGUGCACGCCUGGUACUACAGAGCCCUAUGAAGCAUUGCUGUCCCCUAGAGAGCAGAGCACACAUGAAUACCUGCAGAAUGCAUCCAACCUGCUUACACCUGAGGAGCUACACAAGCGCGCUCUGGACGAUGCUGUCCUGCAGGCUGAGUUUUAUGAGACACCCAUGAACUUUGUGGAUCCAAAGGAAUAUAACAUUCCUGGUGUGGUGAGAAAGAAUCGCUACAAAACCAUACUACCAAACACACAUAGCAGAGUUUGCUUAAAAGCACAAGAGGAGGAUGAUUUUCUUAGCACCUACAUCAAUGCAAAUUAUUUGAAGGGCUACGGAGGGAGAGAGAAGGCGUACAUAGCCACACAGGGUCCUACAGUAAACACAGUGGGGGAUUUCUGGAGAAUGGUUUGGCAGGAGCGCUGUCCCAUUAUUGUCAUGAUCACCAACAUCGAAGAGAAAAAUGAGAAAUGCGCAGAAUACUGGCCAGAGGACAGUGUUACUUGUGAGGGAAUCAAGAUCACUGUCAAACACGUCAUCCAGGCAGAUGACUACAGUCUGAGGAUUUUCACUGUGAAGAGUGAGGGUGAGGAGCGUACUCUCAGACAGUACUGGUACACAUCCUGGCCGGAUCAAAAAACUCCAGAUAAAGCUCCGCCUCUGCUGGAAUUGGUUCAGGAAGUGGAGGAAGCAAGGAAACAGGCAUUGCCCAACAGUGGCCCUGUCAUUGUCCACUGCAGUGCAGGGAUUGGACGCACUGGAUGUUUCAUUGCUACCUCCGUUUUGUGCCAGCAGCUAAGCAAUGAAGGGGUGGUUGACAUCCUGAAGACCACUUGCCAGCUACGCUUGGACAGAGGUGGGAUGAUUCAGACAGCAGAGCAGUAUCAGUUUGUUCAUCAUGUACUCAGCCUUUAUGAAAGACAGCUUCGGAAGACCUCAGAAGAGUAGAGCCUCCAUGAGUGCCCAACCUUCACACCACUCCUCACAGAGCCGAUGACCAUCAUCUGAACAUAUGCGGCAAGGAUUGACGUUCAGUACUUCAAAUCUCAUGUCUUUACAUACAACAGAAGUUUAGGUUGAGCUAUCUUUUUAUGAGCAGGCCAAAUAUUAGAUUUCAGAUGAUCCUUAAUUCCACCUGCCUGCUCUCCAAUCUACUUGGCCAAAACCCAAAUCUCAAGCCUAAUCAAGAUACCAACCAGUUAUUAAACAUACUUUUAUACUUUAUUAUUCAUUACCAUUUUACUAACAUAAAUUAGUAAUUUGUAAAAUACACAAUUAGUGCCCUAAUAACAUCAUAAUUGUCAGCAGACAAUAAAUGCUCAAACGCGACAAUAUUUGUAUGUAUGUAUACUUCAUAUCAAGUGACGUGUAUGAACAGAAAAACAAGACGACACCAAGGCCUCCAUUUGGCUGAGAUUUUGUAAAUGUAACAUUAAGGACCUCUUCUGAUUUCUGAGCCUACAAAUACAGCAAUGUCCUUUUACUGCAAAGACAUUUUUACAGGAUUUAUAACUUAAUAUAACUAUAAGAUUAGUUGUAAAGUGUGUGUGUGUACAUAUACUGGUCUCACAUGUUGAAAGAGCAACCUCUUGGCAAUCUGAACUGUCAGUGUGAGUGAGUGCGUGCAUGAGUGAGUGAGUGAGUGAGUGAGUGCGUGAGUGCGUGAGUGCGUGCGUGCAUGAGUGAGUGAGUAUUAGUGCUACAGAGAGAGGAGAGAAAGAGAAAAUGUUUACUAUGUGUAAUGAUGAUUAUCAGACUCUAGAUGUGUGGUUGGUCUCUAGGGAGAGGUAAACCUACCACAUUUAAUACAAAAUGGCCUUAAUAUGUGUCUUUCUGUUCUAACUGAGGUCCAUAUGGUUGUUUGUAGAUGUUGUUGGGCAGAUCUGACGGCUGUGUGGUGUUACAGCCUGUCUCAAUAAGUAAGAUUGUGAGAGAGACCAAUCUCAGUACAGAAUGAUGUACAUUUUACCGGAGCAACCCUUUGCCUUCUUGGUUUUUGUGUUGUUGGAUGCUAUAUCUUGUAAAAGGUUUUAGUUGGGCUCUACAAAGCAUUGAUGCUGCACCUCAAGGUUUUACUGUAUGUAUCAAAAUGCCGAAACACUGUAUUCAACUAAUGUUCAAUUUGUAAAUCAUCACUCAUAUCAAUAGCAGAAAUCAUGAAAAUGGGACAUAGUUGUGAUGCCCUAGAUGUCCAGGUUACUGUGACUCAUUAUUCUAUUUAUUUUAUUCGCUUGUUUUACUCCUCUUACAAAAUCAUUGUUCUAUGUGGGUCUGCGUAUCAGAUUAGUUAAUAUGUAUAAUCAGUAUUUGCCCAAGUUGGCAGCUUGUACAGCUUUGCUGAGACUUGCAGUUUGCAUGAGCAAGUACAUUUUGAACUUCCUUUUAAUUAUGAGCAAAAGAAUGUUGAAAGUAUAAGCAGAAGUCUGUGUGUGAUUGUUUGCAUAAGCUUCUCAUAUAGCAGCAUCUCUGCUGUUGGAAUAAGCAUCUUCAAUCGAUGACGUCACAUAAUCCAGCUGGAAGUACAACACUGGAAUUCGAAUGCAAGUUACAUAUCCUACAACUUUCUUUUAAAAGAAAGUUACCGCUACUACUAUCCAAAUUGUCUCCAGUUGUCCUCUAACAAGUCAUAUGUCCUCAAAAAUAUGUUUCCUUUCAGGCAGCUCUACGCUGAAAUUAGGAGGUUUACAGAAGCUCGAAAACACCCCCUUGUUACACGAGAGAUUGUACUAGCUUUUUAGUAUUGUUAGUUCAAGGCCUCAAGAUAGUUUGCCAGAAAUAAGAAUGUGCUUUAAUUGCUGCUGUUAUCAUAGUCUUUUUAUUAUUGCAGAAAUGCUUUUGUGUUUUAGUUGGAUUUGAGUGAUUGAAUGUUAAUAUUUGUUUUUAAUUAACUGACAUAUUAGUCCUAUUUAUUGAAAGAGUUUUGUCUCUAUGUUUUGUGCUGUUGUUACACUGCCAAAGACUGUAUUGAUUUGUCC